AUGUCAGAGUUCAACAAGUUCAACGCGCAAGAGAUCUCCAUUCCAUCCAACCUUUAUUAUGAAGACUACUGGUUAAAUACCAACUUCCAGAAAUGGUCUAUCGAGUCGUUUGAUAUAUUUUGGAUACAGAAAAACCCAGCUCAACAUAAAAAGCAAGAUCAAGCUCAUUCUUCGCUAGCUAAAGAGUUGAAUAUUCUUUCUGAAGCAUCUGAUCAAAGGGUGGUAGAGAAAGUGUCAUUGUUAAAGAAACAACUAAAGAACGGACCGUCAGAAAUCUGUGAUAUUGUAUGGAGCAAGAGUAAAGAAAUUGCAGAGUCUCAAGUUCGUUUAUCACUCAGCGAACUAAUAACUAAGACAAAUGUCAAGACAGCUAUUGUUGAUGAAAUCGGAGGUUCAGGAAGCCAAAGGUAUUUUUUUAAAGACCACACGGGUUCUUUUCCGAUGGUCACAUAUAACUUUUAUUCUGUCUAUAUGAAGUUCUUCACUGCUCUUGAUGCUUACGCAACUAUAUCUAGAAACAAACCAAAUGAAGAAAGUCAAGAAUAUAGAGACCGAUCCUAUGAUAAUAAUAAACAUGAAGAGGACGCUAUAUCUAGUGAUUCAGAUGACGAUUCUCAAAACAUAACAGAAUCAAUGAUCGGAAAGGUCGAAAGAUCACCUCUGGUUAUAGACAAUGUUAAUUUGGAGAAUAUUUUUGAAGAUUAUCGUAAUGAAUGUGAAAACGACUUUGACCUAUGUCAUAGCGAUAUUAUGGACCUUAGACCAACCUCAAAAUUUGCUGAAAAAAUCUCUGAUGAAAUAUGGAUGAAAUUUGUUUCAAAUUCAUUUCCUAAAUGUACGUUACCUAAAGACUGGGAGGGACUAAUAAAUGAUACCUUCAAGCCAAAAAAUUCCUUAUUGGAAUGGAUAAAUGCCUUUCAUGAACUUCAUACGAUUUCUUCUGAAAAAAAAAUCAAUGGAAACCCUAUAAGAGAUGUAAUAUACAAUAUUCUAUGUCCAUAUAUCAAAGCUUUUGAGGCACCAUUUAAUAUCUUAAAAUCAGGUGACCUUGAAGAGAAUCAGUAUAAUGCGCAGUUUAUAAAUCCAAUAUUACACAACACACUUGAUGCUAUCUGUAGUGUUGAUUGGCGAAUACUUGAAGUUCCAAUUGAAAGCAGUAAACACAGACGGAAUACCAAUUUUAACCCACUCUUUGAUAGAGUUUUGUCUCCGAAACGUGCAGAUGGUUUAGCUCGCCUCUGGGAAAACCGUGAAGAAAUUUUUUUAUUUGAACAGAUAGGACCUCCGGAUUAUGACAAUCUUACAGAAUUUUGUCUUCAUGAUUAUAAGUUAACUAGGACUAUGCGUGACAUACUUAAUCAAAGAAUAAUUUUUCAACUUAAGGAUGGGACAUGUGAUAAAGAAGAUCUUGCUAGUUUUGGUGCUUUAGGUUACCGCAAUGAAAUAUCUUUAUAUUGGUGUACCAUACAUCAAAAGACAUAUUGUUUGCGUGAAUUUGGAAGUUUUAAGAUUCCACAUCUUUGGCAAGAUCUUCCAGUGUUAUCCGAAGCAAUUAUAAUAUGCUUAAAAUUUUUUUCUUUUAUGAAAGAAAACAUUGAAAAGCAAAAAUUAAUCACAGAUCUUCAGCAAAAAUUGUUUUCUAAGCGAAAGGUUCUUGCAGUAAUACCAAAUCCACCAACUCCUAAUAGAUCAAAAAAACGAUCAAAAAUGUAA